AUGUAUUUCACGUAUGUUGUCCGUCCCGGUGAGGCUCCAGAGGGCCGAGGACCCCAAUUCGAACCGUUUUGGGCAUUCUGCGUCAACUACAACCUGCGGCUAGGCCUCCUAGUCCAGCUGGUUGCCUAUGCCACCCUUUUAGCAACAACUACAAUCGGAGGGAAAGAUCCGCUCUCUCUUCUUCGAUUCUUCAGGUGCAAUCCUGAGUCCGUUGGCAAGUCCCCUCUGUGGGCGGCUCAACUGGCCUGCGGCCUAUUCGUCCUCGGGAAUCUCACCACCAUGGCAUUCCAGUCCCUCACGGACGAUGACAGCAG